AGUGAACGCGACUUAACGGGGGGCCCAACAUAAAACCCCGUGCGUGUCGUCUCCGUACCUCCUGCCUCUGUGUCUCGUGCCAAACUCACUUUUGUUUUUCCCUCAAAUUGUUUCGAGCUUUCCAACACCGACUUGUCAACCUCCAUUUUCCCAGAGAAAUGUACAGACUGGGUCUGGUCUUGUGGGUGGCGAGCGUCGCUGCCCAGAGUCCUUACGAUUCGCUCGAAGGCAGAUCCAGUUAUCCCGGAAAACCAACGAGUUUGAGCCCGCUCUACACUCCCGGCCUCGGGGCAGCGUCACACGCUUACAGAGACAACAGUUACGAAGACAAUGCGGUAACACCAACUCCGGCCCCUCAACCGCUUUACAGAACUGUCAACCCCGGCCAGCAGCUCUAUCGUGGAAAAUCUCAGAACUAUCAAAACCAACAAGCGAUCAGAGUCGGCGGUGGAGGUCAGCGUGGUGGACCACAAUCUCGCUUCCCAGAAAACUCUCCGGAAGCCGAAGAACUCGUCGAGGAGGAGAAGGACGAGCCUGAUCGUCUGACCCUUCUCUUGCCUCAGAGCAAAUUCGACUGUGUCAACAAACAAACCGGAUAUUAUGCUGACGAAGACUUGAAUUGCGAAGUUUUCCACUAUUGCCACGAAAACGCAAAACACUCUUGGAUCUGCCCGGAAGGAUUCACUUUCCAUCAGGUCCAUCUUAUUUGCAUGCCACCGAGCGGUGACAUAAGUUGCAAGAAGAGUUCACAGUACCACUUCGUAAACGAAUAUCUGUACAAGCCACUGAACCAACAAGAGGCCGAUAACAAACCGAACGUAACUCUCAGAUAUAGCGAGAGAUAUUUCCCAGCUGAUAUUUACACCGACGAGCGUGACGCUGGAGAUUAUCAUGGAAGCGCCCAACAACAAUCUUCCCAGCGUCGUCCACUUCCGCAGCAGGUAUUUCUGGGACAGCAAUCGACCACGAUAAAUAGUUUGCCGACUGCAGCGCGCGCCCACCAGCCACAGCCACUCCCGCAGUACCGUUUGCCGGUAAACCAAGUAUUUCGCAGUCCCGAGGAAGUGAAUAUCCCUCUCCAACAGCGACGACCGCAGCUCCAGCAGCAGCAGCAACACAUUCUUAGAAGAUUCCCUCAAGUACGACCCGAGGAAGAGGACUAUGAAUAAAAAAUUCAAAACAAACGAGAAACAAAAAAAUUUGAAGGUUAAACAGGGGACGCUCCGUGAUGCCAAUUGACACGAAGCACUCUACGUAAAUUCAACGUAUCGAACGCCGUUACUCGGCGGACACAGGAUACGCGGAAAAUCGAAGAUGAAGAAUCGAGAUUUAAAUUGUAAAUAAAAUAUGGUCGGUGAUAAAUAAUAAUCGAUAAGUGAUGUAUGUAACUUGUUUUUUUUUUUUAUAAUUGAAAAAGAGAAAAAUACGAAAUUCUCACCUUUAUUCGCCACCAGUCGAUUUGAUGUCAAUUGUUUUUAUUAUUAUUUUAUACGUACAAUUGUACCCGUAAUGCAGAUAGGCCUACUUGUAUUUUAUUUAUUAUCGUCAAUGUAAAAAUAUUGGCGAAAAAUAAAGUUUAUACGAACUAUGAA